AUGGGUAGUGCAGAGUCAGUGCCACGAGAGCAGAAGCAACAGAGGUCUCCAAGACUGGACCUUCUGGCCUUGCAGGAGAAGUACGACGCCUUUCGCGUUACUGAGGACCACGAGACCGACAGCAUGAUUGUUGAGCGCAAUACUGGACGGGACGACAGAGGUAANACCCACCACCCUAUAGCUGUGACGAGCUAUUCCCACAAGCAAGGAACAAUGCCACCAGGAGCANNUAUGACUGACAACCAGUGCUCAACAGAUCAGGUCCGCGCAACACGCCAAACCCACGUCUCGGGUGCCAAAACCGAAGCUCUGAUCCACACCAUCCUUGAAGACCCAAAGAAUCGUCUAGCUCUGUCAGCGCUCUCGACUGCCAACCCAUCUAAAGUUCUCGAGAAACCUUCGGCCAUUCUCAAAGACACCCAAACCUUCAAUGUUGCUAUUCCCUUCGAGGGCUCUCCCGUUACGAACCAGCGCAGCUCGGGAAGAUGCUGGAUCUUUGCCGCCACGAACGUGUUCCGUGUUGCCAUCAUGAAGAAGUACAACAUUGAGAAGCUUGAGCUCAGCCAGGCAUACCUGUUCUUCUGGGACAAGGUUGAGAAGAGUAACUUCUUCCUCGAAAGUAUCCUGGAGACUGCGGACUUGCCUGUUGACGAUCGUCUUGUUUCGACCUUGAUGGACUCACCUGUCAGUGAUGGUGGCCAGUGGUCAAUGAUCCAGAACUUGGUUGAAAAGUAUGGAUUGGUGCCGCAGACGCUGUACCCAGACUCUUUCAAUGCCAANAACUCGGCUGUUAUGGAUCGUCUUCUGACGACCAAACUGAGAGAAAAUGCAUUGCGUUUGAGAGCACUCAAGAAGUCUAGCUCUACUACUGCAGAGACUUCUGUAGCCGCAGCCAAAGAGCAGAUGAUGCAGGAUAUCGUUAGGAUUCUGACGCUCACNCUUGGUCGCCCUCCGUCGUCAUACACCAAGUUCACCUGGGAGUUUUACGACAAGGCUGGUAAGCUGAAGACAGUGAAGAUGUCGCCAAAGGAGUUUGCCAGUAGUUUGAACGACACCCACGGACUGCGAGCCCUGGGUGGUACUGAUGUACACAGCCUGUUCAGUCUGGUCAAUGAUCCUCGCAACGAGUUCAACAGACUGCUGACUGUUGACUUCNNCCUCACCAAUGUGUCAGGAGGGAGAUACGUUACCUAUGUGAAUGUCGACAAGCCAGUCUGGAAGAAGGGUGCCAUCGAGAUGAUCAAGAAGGGCUGGCCAGUCUUCUUCGGCUCCGACGUAGGCAAGUUCAGCGAUUCCACACUAGGCAUCAUGGACCCCGAUCUUGUCGAUUACGAGCUCGGCUUCAACGUCAAGUUGGGCAUGUCCAAGGCUGAGAGGCUCAUGUCUGGCGAGAGCGCAAUGACCCACGCCAUGGUGUUAACUGCGGUACACCUGUCACCCUCCGGUGAACCAAUUCGUUGGCGUGUCGAGAACUCUUGGAGCGAGGAUGCUGGCACCGAUGGUUACUUCGUCAUGUCUGACAAGGUAAGUUUGCUCCGUUUAUGCUGUCGAACUGUGCGUGCUAAUCAAACGUUUCCAUAUAGNUGGAUGGACGAGUUCUGCUACCAAGUUGUCGUUGAUGGCAGUUGUGUCAGCCAAGAGGUUAGGGAUAUACUCAAGCAAGAUCCCAAGGUGUUGGACUUGUGGGAUCCCAUGGGUGUCUUGGCGUAG